CUGAAUACUCUUCAUUCUCCAGUCAAAAUACCUUUGGGCUCAAACAACUUAGAGAAUAUUCAGUAUCCAUCCAAAUGAUCCAAUUUAAUCAUACAACAGAAAAACGGUACAACCUUAUAAAGGCCCAUAAGUAACGAUAAAACCUCCAAGACACACACACCCCUCCAAAGCAAAAAAACAAACCCUAGACGCGUUAUCAAUGGCCGAGUCCUCAAACAAAACCUGGCGACACCGGCGGAACGUGACUAGGCCCAGAAAAGCAAAGAAACAAACCCUACCGGCGAUAUCAGAGUCAGAAUCACUGCGAGGAGGCCGGAACUGGAUUGACCUUCCGGACGACGUCACCGCUUCGAUUCUGUCACAGCUGUCAAUGUUCGACAUCCUGGAGAGGGCUCAGAAGGUGUGCCUGACGUGGCGCAGAAUCUGUAAGGACCCUAUGACUUGGCGCGCCAUCCACAUGGAGUUCCAUAUUCAUCUGCGCCAACAAAAAAUUGAAGGAAAUUUCACUUCCGGCAAAAGAAACAAGCAUCUGCGCAAAUUCCACAACUUCAAUGUGCAUAAGAUGUGCCACCACGCCAUUGAUCUUAGCUGUGGCAAUCUCGUAGAUAUCAGUAUCCGGAACUGUGGCACAGAUGAGCUCCUUGAGCAUAUGACUGAUAGUUCGAGGGGAAUCAGACGCCUCAGUAUUGUGUUUUCAGCUUACAUAACAAUGAAGGGACUGAGUAAAGUGGCUUCGAAGCUUCCGAUGUUGGAGGAUCUUGCAAUCUCAUACACCCCACGGAUUAGUAAAAGUUUCGGAGUCUUACACAGUUGUGAAUAUCUUGAAGUGAUUGGCCGUUCUUGCCCUCUUUUGAAAUCUUUGAAAUUGAACAUGCACCCCGGGGGUAUGUUCAACAGCAUAGACAAUGACGAUGCAUUUGCGAUAGCCAGAACAAUGCAUGGGUUAAAGAACCUCCAGCUUUUUGGAAAUUGGAUGAAUCAUCAGGGAUUGCACGCCAUUCUUGUAGGUUGUCCGCAUCUUGAGUCACUUGAUCUCCGUCAAUGUACACAUCUUUAUCUGAAUAGUAAGGGAUGGGGAUGGCGCGCCAUUCGUGAAGGUUGUUCAUCACAUCUUCAAGAUUUGACAACAAGACGUUUUGAACAAAUUACAAAACUGUGGCUUCCUGACGAUUCUGUACAUGACUAUGAGCAUCUUGCCAUUGAUAAAAUUGAAAACAGACAAUACGAAGAGUAUAAUAAAGAUAUAAUGAUCUAGCCUAGAUAUAGGUUAGAAAUCUUUUUGAAUCAUUUAAUUAGAUAUUGGUGAAGCUUAA